AUGUGGUACAAGCUUGUAAAUGCCAAGGUUGCAAAUCCAUUGUUCUGCGUGCUUGGAUCUCAUGGCCUUGGCAUAGGUAGUUGGGUUACUGGGAUGUUCAUGCUCAAAGUCAUUAGGCAUGGCAGCAAAAACCUCUAUCUGCAAGUCCAGCAUCAGUGGCACAAGCAGCUAGUGCAAGGUUGUGUGAACUGUUGGAGGAAGUGCACUCAAGGUUCUGCAAAUGUUCAGUGGCUGCCAUUGAAGCUAGGAUGUACAGGUGUGCAUGUGGAGCAACAAAUGAGGGGCACAUCCAAGGGGCCAGAAGAAGCAGAGUUGGGUGUGAGUUGA